UUGGAAACAUGCAGAUACUUAGAGGAAAAGGGCGUAGAGGUGACGUACCUUCCUGUUGAAAAAAACGGAUCUAUUGAUCUUGAAAAGCUCAAGGCCGCCAUAAGGCCCAAGACCAAGCUUAUAUCAAUAAUGACAGUUAACAAUGAGAUAGGCGUUGUGAAUCCAAUAGAGGAGAUAGGAAAGAUAUGCAAGGAGCACGGCAUAGUAUUCCAUACGGAUGCAGCACAGGCCUACGGCAAGACCCCACUCGAUGUAAAGAAGUGCAAUAUCGGAAUGAUGAGCAUUUCGGGGCAUAAGAUAUACGGACCAAAGGGUAUUGGUGCCUUGUAUGUGAGGAGAAGACCGAAGAUUAGAAUAUUGCCGCUGAUACAUGGAGGCUCGCAGGAGAAGGGAUUACGAAGUGGAACAACGCCCACAUUUCUGGCAGUUGGGCUUGGAGCAGCAGCAAAAAUUGCCAAGGAGGAGAUGGAAGAGGACUGUAGUCAUGUAUCUAGGCUGGCAGAUAGGCUCUAUACAAAGAUCAAAGAGAGUCUCGGUGGCGAUAUAGUUAAAAAUGGUGUAAAAACCAUAGCUGGAUGUCUAAACAUAUCGUUUCCGUAUGUUGAGGGCGAGGGGCUUUUAAUGAAGUUAAAGAACUAUGCCCUGAGCAGUGGUAGUGCAUGCACAUCUGCCUCAUUAGAGCCUUCGUAUGUCCUUCGAGCGCUGGGAACAUCUGAGGACCUGGCCCAUUCUUCUAUUAGAUUUGGAAUAGGAAGAUUCACAAUGGAAGAAGAUGUAGAUAAGCUGGCUGAACAAACAUCACACUCUGUAAAAGCACUUAGGGAGAUGUCCCCGCUAUAUGAAAUGGCAAAAAGUGGCAUAGACAUGAGUACCAUAAAAUGGACAGCCUAG